UAUUGUAUAUGCAAUUUUUGGUAUACCUCUUGUAUUGGCUAUAUUAAGCCAAUUUGGUAAAACACUUACCACUUUUGUUAGCGAUGUUUGGAUGAGGUAUCGAGAGUUUAUUAAAGGUUAUACGAAAGGGCAACGCAUUGCAAUAGCCAAACAACAACAAAAAUUGCGGGAUUGCAGGUGGAAGUACAUACGGAAUAUCCUAAAUGUUGAGGAAGGUAAUAUAGAGUCAAAUCAUCGAUUACUUAAUAAUCCACCAUCCGAAACAACUGAAGCAGUAGAUGAUGAUGAAAAAGUUGAAAGCAGAACAAUACCAGUUUGGCUUGCAUUAUUUAUUUGCAUUGCUUGGAUAUGUAUAUGUGCGGGUUUAUUUUGCCUCUGGGAAACACGCUGGUCCUAUUUCACUUCUCUUUAUUUUUUCUUCAUUUCAUUAUCUACCAUUGGCCUUGGUUAG